AACAGGUAGCAAGACGUUAGAGUCUCUGCCCUCUCUCUUGAAGCGCUACCUGGUUGCUGCAUUGCUGACGAUUUACCGCGACAUAGAAUGACGCGGCAGCUCACUCGCUCGUUGUUGAUCGCUCAACGAUACCAUGUGGGCAUUCCAACACUACUGUAAGGACGAUUAUACAACGUGGUGAUAAGUUACUGGAAUUAAUCAGAAUAAUGACUUUGGAUCACUCUCUUGUGGCAUCGAGAACAUAGGUAGAUAGAUAAUGAGUGAUAAACUUCUCUUAAUUAUCUCGUUAUUAAACGCACAAUACUGUUUAUCGGUAUUUAUGUGUCGUCAGUGAAUGGAGCAAUUGAUAUAAAUAAAAAUACAUUGUCAUUCGUGUCUCUUUCUGCGAAGGAAAUAAAAGUUAUUCUUCUCGGGAUAUUAAAGGAUAUGCAUAAAAUUAUUUUAAGCAAAAUCCAUAAAUGGUGCAAUUUUAGUUCGUGGUUAUCAUGGUGUUCAUAAAAAGAUAACAAAACGUAAGCAAUGUCAUUAGUUGACUUCUCGCGGAGGUCUCUAAUCGCCCCAAAGUCCUCCAUCCUCGACCGACAGUCCGGUUGCACCGGGCGACGAAGCGAACACCGAAUCGUGAUUAAUGUUGGCGGUAUCAGGUACGAAACAUAUCGUUCAACGCUGAAGAACAUUCCCGACACUCGGUUGGCGUGGUUGACCAAUAGCCGUGGCCACAAUCCAGACUUUGACCCAGAAUCAGGAGAGUACUUUUUCGACCGACACCCAGGCGUGUUUAAUAUGAUUUUGAAUUACUACCGCACGGGGAAACUUCAUGCACCUACGGACGUGUGCGGACCCCUUUUUGAAGAAGAGCUGGCCUUCUGGGGGCUGGAUGAGAAACAAAUAGAGCCAUGCUGCUGGUCAAACUAUCGAGCCCAUCGAAAUGCCCAGGAAACCCUUGCAGAGAUGGAUGGUGCUGACGUGGCAAGCAACGAGUCGGACACAGAAUCUUGUCACCUGGAGGAUAUCCGAGAGAAAUUUGGGAUUAUCGAGGAGCAUGUGGCUGAACAACGCACGUGUUGGGGUCGCCUUAAGCCUCGGGCCUGGAGACUGCUGAACGAACCCACAUCUUCCAAGUAUGCAAAGAUUAUCGCCUUCACCUCGUUUGCCUUUUUGAUCGUGUCCAUCAUGUCAUUCUGUAUGGAGUCACAUAUUUUAUUCCGAGAGGGACUAGGUGCUUUUACCAACAUAUCGUCCCUCCUCUCCGUUCGGGAAAAGGAGGUCCUAACACGUCCCAUGUUCUUUCUGGACGUUGUCGAGUAUUUCUGUGUAGGAUUCUUCACCAUUGAGCUCAUUAUUAGGUUCAUGUUUUGUCCAAGUAAACGUGAUUUCUUCAAAAAAGUAUUCAACUGGAUAGACAUAUGUGUUGUGAUACCAUGCUUCCUUUGUAUUAUUCUGCUUGUGUGGGAUCCAAGCAUCCGAAGCUCAAAUCUGUUCAGGCUUAUCAAUGCACUGAGAUUAAUACGUAUAUUUAAGAUAUUUAAAUUGACCGUUCACGUCAGCGGAUUAAAGAUUUUAGGUCACACAAUCAAAGCAAGUGCUAAGGAAUUGUUAUUGCUGUUUCUAGUGCUUAUAAUUGGUGUACUAAUAUUCGCCUGUCUCAUCUACUAUGCGGAACAAGUUGACGAGCAUGCCAGCAACCACUUCUCCAAUAUUCCUCGGGGGUUCUGGUGGGCCGUUGUUACUAUGACAACGCUUGGUUACGGUGAUCUCUAUCCAAGAACAGCUCUUGGUUACAUUAUUGGCACAGUGUGCGCAGUCUGUGGGCUGCUCAUGUUGUCACUUCCGGUGCCCGUGAUAGUUAGCAACUUCACGCUAUAUUACACGCAUGCGCAAGCAAGGGCAAAACUUCCAAAAAAAUCAAGGAAGCAAAUGCUCUUGAGCGCUGCCAAUGCCCUCGUGGAUCCUGAUGACGCAGUCUCUGUAAGUGAAGAAUCGGAGGUUCGCCAACCACUAGGGAGCAAAGCCAGCUUGCAGCGGAGCGGCAGUGAAGAUUCCGCAUUUGGUAGUUAUCACGAUAAAAUCAAAGAAGUAUCGGAGACCUACUUGAGGAAAAAGCGCCAGUCUGCUCCACCUAUGUAUAAUAGCGGUAAGAACGGUAGAGUCGGCAUCAACGUAGUACUAUCAGACGACAGUCCAACAUGUGAACACCAUACGUCAGACGAUUAUACUGAUGACGUAUUUACUGACGUCAGCGUUCCACAUUCACUUUCUAGUCUUUCUCCUCACAGACAUUCCCUCGACCAGACAACACCCAAAAGACCUAGGCGGGUGAGUUAUUCGAUCGCUCCCGGAAUCACAACCUCCCGAAGGAGCUCUGCCAUACAGAACAUCAACAGAUAACGCUCACCUGCACCGUAUUCACCGUUCUCAUAGAAUACACCAAUUACUUUCUUCACUUAAGAAUUAAAAAUCACUAUCAAACUAAAGUCUAUAUCUUAUAUAAUGCAAUAAUCUUUAUAAACACUCAUGCCUAAAAUGUGGUUAAGCUUGUUUAUUCUGUAUAUCUCAUGAAAUGCAUUUUGUAAACAAUAUAAUUAUUCUAGAAAAUGCUUUCAUCUUCUAAAUGUGGCUUAUAAGUAAGUAUGACAAAUGUUAGAUAUAUGGAUAAAAGUGCUCAAUAUAAGAAAACUUUUAAUGCGUGAUACAUGUUUGCUGUGUUCGACAAAAUGUGUAAUAUACGAAGUGAAUGAUUUUCAUACAUUGAAGUGAUUUUUCCAUUCACUUACACAUAUUAUAUUACUGUGUAUGCAUACCUUUUAUGUACACAAACAACGAAUUAUUAUGAAUAUCAUACAACAUAUAACUAAAUUGUUGUUUACUGUUUAUUGAAAGGGUAAUAUGUAUUUAAAUUGUUACAUAUAUACAUUUUGUACGCGGUUCAAUUUUGCUAAUUGUAGUUUCUGAUUAUAUAUAUUUAUGAAUUGAUAUUAUUGUUAUCGUAUACGACUAUUAUAAAUGUAACGCACACAGAUGUCACAGCAAUAAAUGUAUUGAAGAAAG